CAAGAAAAAAAAAAAAAGGGAAAACUCCCUCCUCGAAGAAAAAAAAAAGGAAUAUCAAAAUAUAUUUCUCCGUUCAGGUCUCCCGGUGAAACUACGCGUUCAAUCUAGCACUUUGAUAAUUAAUAAGUUACAAGUGUAAGUUUGAUUCCCCGUGAAGCAAUUUGACCCAAUCACUCUCACCCAGGAAGCUUUUCGAUCACACCUUUUCGUUUUCCGUUCACCAGAUUUCUGUGGUAACGUUGGAGCUGUUUUGGACGGUAAUCGAAAGUAAUGAUGGAUCUUUUACAUUGGGAUGGAACCCUGUCUGCAAAGGAUUUCAGAAUUGGUGCUGUCGCAUUUGCUCAGAAAUGGGAAAGCCUUAACUUUGCUUUUCCUCCAUGGGUUUGGGUUCCUUGUCCUAAACACCCUUGGCUUGCUUCUCCUGAGGAGGAAGGGUACUUGUCAAUGGAAAAGAUAUGCAUUUCCAGGCUAAAUGAGGAAGAUAUUGAUCAAACUACUCAAAUUGACACUGAUGAAGAAGAGGCCAGUUGCUCAGGAAACAAAGAUGUUAUUGAUGAUGCCACAUUGGUCCAGAGGAAUCAUCAUGAAUUACAUUACUAUGAUUUCCAUAUAGUCUACAGUAAUACAUUUAGGGUUCCGGUGUUAUAUUUACGUGCUUACUGCAGUGAUGGACAACCUUUGCAGUUGGAUGAAAUAGAAAAGGAGCUUCCUACAUGCUCUUCAAAGGAAUUGUCAAAAUCAAAAUGGACAUUCAUAACUCAAGAGGAACAUCCACACUUGAAAAGACCAUGGUACAAAUUACAUCCAUGUGGGACUGGAGAGUGGAUGAAGUUGCUUUUCCUCAAUGAUACUGCCCAGCCUAAAUUUGAAGUGGUGCUGGAACUGUAUCUUCUUUCAUGGUUCUCAGUUGUUGGGCAAGUGGUUGGUCUUAGGAUCCCUUUCAAAAUGUUAAAUGACCGCUGACAGUCAUGUAUUUUUUCUUUCUAGGUUCUACCACUAUUGAAUCCCAUAUUCUUCAUUCAAUGAUCUUAAUUUUUUUUUUUCCUGCAAAAAGCGCAUAGAACCUCCUCAA